CCGGUGUGCAAUUAACAUCAGAGGAGAUGUCUAGGCAGACACUUGGAAAAAGAAAGAGAUACAUUCUUGGAUUUGGGGAUGGGCCGAAGCCCUCUUCAUCUUCUUCCACACCUAGUCGUGUGUCACAAGACCAUGUUGGGGAGUUGCAGAAACUUAAAGCUGAGAUGGAGAAGAUGAAGAUGGAGCAUGAGAUAGAGCGUGAGGAGCUACGGAGGCAAUUAGAGCAGGAGAGGAGAGAGCGUGAGGAGGAAAAGAAAGAGCGAGAGGAAGAACAGAAGCAAAUUGCACAUCUUACAAGUUUGAUGACAGAGUUCUUAAAGGGAAAGACUCAAACGCACAAGUCAUUUAUCCAUCAUGAUGGGGCCAUGUAUUCAACUGGUGGUACAAAUACUCGUUGAUACAUGGUGGAGUUAUGAGCAUGUGAAAUCUAGUUUCUGGCACAUGGAUAGCUUUUGUUCAGAUGAUCAUGGUGGAGUUGUCUACAAGCAGAAUCUAGUUUUUGGUAUAAGAAUAUUUUUGUCUACAUGAUGGUUGUUUGGAUGAAUAGCAACAUUAGAUAUUUUAGAAUUUUUAAUUUACAUUUUGAUGUGUUUGGUGAUGAUUAUCACCUUAAUAUAUGGUAUGAAUGAAACAUUUUGAUGUAUGGUUAAUAGGUAUGUUUGACUUUAGACUUAUAGAUGAUGAUAUUUAUAAUGAAUGAUUAUGGAUUCUCCAACAUUGUGUAUACUUCU